AUGAGAAUUAAUACUAAAGAAAAUGAGAUAAUUGAAGUAAAACAUGAGCUUGAUGUGACUGAUACCGCUGACUUUGAAGAUUCAGUAAGUCUAGACCAAAGCACAUCCAUAGUCUUUACAGUCGAAAGCAAUAUAACAACACAGAAUGGAAAAAAGCGGUAUGAAUGUUAUAGCUGUGGUAAAACUUUUUCUUACAAACAGAGUAUAAUAAGACAUUUAAGGAAACAUAUUAGUGAAAAGCCGUAUUCACGUGAUACCGUUGUUAAAGAUUUUCCUCGGAAAUCAUAUUUAACGACUCAUACGAGGACACAUAAUGUUGGGUUGACAUAUAAAUGUGAAGUCUGCGAUAAAACAUUUUCUAAAAAAUCAAAUUUAACGGAUCAUAGAAAGACCCAUACUGGAGAAAAGCCGUAUGUAUGCGAUACCUGUGACAAAGCUUUUGCUCGCAAACCACAUUUGAUAAGACAUAAAAAAACACAUACCGGACAAAAGCCAUACAAAUGUAAAAUAUGCGAUAAAGUUUUUUCUGCGAAAUCAAAUUUAACAAUUCAUUCGAGGAUUCAUACCGGUGAAAUGCCAUUUAAAUGUGAAGUCUGUGAUAAAGCUUUUUUUCGGAAAUCAUAUUUAGCGAAACACAAGAGGACACACACCGGGGAGAUGCCAUAUAAAUGUGAAUUAUGUAAUAAAGCAUUUUCUCAAAAAUCACAUUUAAAGACUCACUCAAUGAUACAUACCGGUGAAACUCCAUAUAAAUGUGAUAGUUGUGGCAAAGCCUUUUGUCUAAAAGCCAAUUUAACGAAGCAUAGAAUGACCCAUACCGGAGGAAAGCCGUAUUUAUGUGAUAUAUGUGAUAAAGCUUUUGCUCUAAAACCAUAUUUGAUGUUACAUAAAAAGACCCAUAUCGGAGAAAAGCCUUACGUAUGUUAUACCUGUGAUAAAGCAUUUUCUCUCAAACAUAACUUAGAAAGUCAUAUAAAGACACAUAAUGGAGAAAAGGGGUUCAAAUGUGAUACUUGUGAUAAAGCUUUUUCUCGGAAAGCACAUUUGGCGGGUCAUAAUAGAACACAUACAGGAGAAAUGCCGUAUCAAUGUAAUAGCUGUGGUAGAAGGUUUCGUGAACUAUCAAAUUUUAUAAGUCAUAAAAGAAUACAUACAGGAGAAAAGCCGCAUGUGUGUAAUAUCUGUGAUAAAGCUUUUUCUAACAAACCACAUUUAAGGAGACAUUUAAGGACACACACCGGAGAGAGUAAAGGCAUGUGUUGUUCUAAUGGAAAAGUGAGAUUAGAUCCUAUUCAAUCUACACCAUUUCCAUUAAAUACAUUACUUCAGAGUGAAACAAAUGAUUCUAAAAACUUUAUGGACAAAAUAUGUCAAUAUAACUCCAUAUUUUUUAAGACAUCUUUUAGUGCUACUAAGAUAGAAUGA